AUGGCCAUAGGCAAAGCAGGUCUCUCAGCAGCGAAACUGCUGACUGAGUCAGGCUUGAAUGUGGUGUUGCUGGAAGCCAAUGACAGGGUUGGUGGAAGAACUUUCACCGUAAGGAAUAAGCAAGUCAAAUAUGUGGACCUUGGAGGAGCCUACGUGGGGCCAACACAAAAUCGUCUCCUGCGGUUAUCUAAAGAGUUAGGAAUAGAGACGUAUAAAGUGAAUGAAGUUGAGCACCUGAUACACCAUGUCAAGGGUAAGUCUUACCCCUUUAAAGGUCCAUUCCCUCCUAUGUGGAAUCCAUUGGCCUACCUGGACUACAACAACCUAUGGAGGACCAUGGAUGAAAUGGGGAAGGAGAUUCCCAGUGAAGCCCCGUGGAAAGCUCCACAUGCAGAAGAAUGGGACAAAAUGACUAUGCAAGAUUUCAUAGAUAAAACUUGCUGGACUAAUGCUGCCAAGAGUUUCGCAACUCUGUUUGUGAAUGUGGAUGUCACUUCUGAACCCCACGAGGUCUCUGCCCUUUGGUUUUUGUGGUACGUGAAGCAGUGUGGGGGGACAACAAGGAUAUUCUCAACAACCAACGGAGGGCAGGAGAGGAAGUUUGUUGGGGGCUCUGGCCAGAUCAGUGAGAAAAUAAUGGAGCACCUGGGAGGCCGGGUGAAGCUGAGGAAGCCAGUCAUCCGCAUUGACCAGUCGGGUGAAAGUGUCAUAGUGGAAACCUUAGAUCAUGAAUUAUAUGAGAGCAAAUACGUGAUCAGUGCCAUUCCGCCAGCUCUUGGUUUGAAGAUUCAUUUCAACCCACCUUUGCCGCCAAUGAGAAACCAGCUCAUCAACCGAAUCCCCAUGGGCUCAGUGAUCAAGUGCAUUGUGUACUAUAAGGAAACUUUCUGGAGAAAGAAGGGGUAUUGUGGUACCAUGAUCAUUGAAGAUGAGGAUGCUGCAAUUGGUUUAACACUUGAUGAUACUAAGCCUGAUGGCAGCUUUCCUGCCAUAAUAGGCUUCAUUCUUGCUCGGAAGUGUAGAAGACUGACAGGUCUCACAAAAGAAGAAAGGAAGACGAGGCUGUGUGAGCUCUAUGCAAGGGUUCUGGGAUCAGAGGAAGCUUUACAUCCCGUGCAUUAUGAAGAGAAGAACUGGUGUGAAGAGCAAUAUUCUGGCGGCUGCUACACAGCCUACUUCCCACCAGGCAUAAUGACUCAGUAUGGAAGGAUUAUUCGGCAGCCCGUUGGCAGGAUCUAUUUUGCUGGCACAGAGACAGCCACAGAGUGGAGCGGCUACAUGGAGGGGGCUGUACAGGCUGGAGAAAGAGCAGCCAGAGAGAUAUUGUUUGCUAUGAGGAAAAUCCCAGACAGUGAAAUUUGGAAGCCAGAACCUGAAUCAAUUGAUGUUCCAGCUUUGCCCAUCACUACAACCUUCUGGGAGAGGAACUUGCCGUCUGUGCCGGGACUGCUAAAGCUGAUUGGAUUUUCCACUUUCUUCACCUCUGUGGCUGCGGCUGGGUUAUUUGCCUACAGAAAGGGACUUCUAGUUCGAAACUGA